AUGGCCACCACCACCAGCAUCAACGCUUGCGCUACACCCAACCACGGCGCAAACGGUGGCAGCAACCAGUCCGGCCGCGACCACAUCAUCCUAUUCCCGUUCAUGGCGAAGGGCCACACACUCCCACUGCUUCACUUCGCCACGGCGCUCUCGGUGCACCAGAAGAACCUCCUCAUCACCGUGGUCGUCACGCCGGCCAACCUCGCCUUCGCCCGCAGCCGGCUCCCCGCCUCGGUGAACCUAGCCGUUCUUCCGUUCCCCUCGCUGCCGCCGUUACCGGUGGGCGUCGAGUCGACGGACACCCUGCCCAGCCCGGCCCUCUACCCGACGUUCCUGAACGCGACGGCGCUCCUGCGGGAGCCUUUCGCGGAGUUCAUGGCGUCGCUCCCGUCCCCGCCGCUCGUGCUCAUCUCCGACUUCUUCCUCGGGUUCACGCACGGCGUGGCGGCUGACGCCGGCGUCCGCCGCAUCGUGUUCCACGGCAUGUCCUGCUUCUCGCUGGCCAUGUGCAAGUCGCUGAUCACGAGCCCGCCGCCCAGCGCGGAGCACGGCGCCAGCUUCCACGUGGCCCGCAUGCCGGAGCACGUGAGGAUCACGGCGGCAGAGGUCCCGGACACGAUCGCGAAGAUCUUCGACCCCGAGGACCCGGUGAGCCGGUUCAUCAUCGACCACGUCGGCGAGUCGGACGAGCGCAGCUGGGGCGUGCUGGUGAACAGCUUCGCGGCGUUGGACGACGAGGAGUACGUGGCGGCCCUGCUGUCGUUCUACCAGCCGGACGCGCGCGCCUGGCUGGUCGGCCCGAUGUUUCUCGCGGCCGGCGACAUGCCGGAGCGCGAGGAGGAGCAUGACCCCGAGGGCUGCCUACCAUGGCUGGACGAGAGGGCGGAGCGGUCGGAGCCGGUGAUCUACGUGUCGUUCGGCACGCAGGCCUACGUCUCCUUGGAGCAGCUCGACGAGCUGGCGCGCGGGCUGGUGCAGUCCGGCCACCACUUCCUCUGGGCAGUGCGGUCCGCUGCGUGGUCGCCGCCGGUGGACGUAGGGCCGCACGGACGGAUCGUCCGCGGGUGGGUCCCCCAGAGGAGCGUGCUGGCUCACCGCGCGGUGGGAGGGUUCGUGAGCCACUGCGGCUGGAACUCGGUGAUGGAGAGCCUCGCCGCGGGGAAGCCCCUGCUAGCGUGGCCGUUUAUGGCCGAGCAGCACCUGAACGCGCACCACGUCGCGGACAUCAUUGGCGCCGGCGUCAGGAUUGUGGACGUCAAGGUCGCCGGAGGCGCGGUCGUGGAGAGGGCCGAGGUGGAGGAGAAGGUGAGGAUGCUGAUGGACGCCGGCGAGGAAGGGCGGAAGAUGCGGGAGAAGGCCACCUGGGCUCAGCAGGCGGCGAAGGCAGCGGUGAGCGACGGUGGCACGUCGCGCGUGGCGCUGAUGAAGCUGGUGGAUGAACUGCAGCGAAGCUACUGUGACGUCAUCGUGGGGAAACAGGAUCACGGUGCCAACAGGAUAAUACUCACGCAAGCGCAUAGUUCUACAAAAGCCUAACUUCAGCUCC